AUGGGAUCUGUAAUGGGACCCGGACCGGCCUACAUGCCGCAACAAAACCGCGGAUACGGCUCCGAUUCUUUUGCCGGCGGCCAAAACACAGCGCCCAGAAACUUUACACCACCUGGAGCCCGGCCAGGCAGACCCGAGAGCAUGGUGCGCGGCAACAAUGGAGCACCAAUUCCCCAACCAAGGAGGAUGCCCUCCAUGCAGCCCGGCUCGUACGCACAAUUCGAUAACCGACCCGUCAUGUAUAAUCAAAUGGGCAGACCUGCACCACCCGGCGCCAAUCCAAUGGGUCGACCACCCGGCGGCCAAAUGGGCCGCCCCCCGAGCAGCAGCGGACAGAUGGUACGACCGCCCAGCAGUGGCCAAAUGAGCCGACCGUCCAGCAGCAGUUCCAACGCCAGCUCCGUCAUGUCCCGAGAGAGUCACGAGUCGGGAAUGCGCACACCCGUCAGCAGCCACCGAACAAGUUUCGGCUCAUGGGAUGCACAUCCAAGGAGGCCAGAGUAUGGGUGGCAGCGACCAGCGCCGAUCAAGCAGCAGCGCAGGAGGGUCAUGCAGCCCGGCGAACUAUGCGCUGCUAUGCCUGACGAGGUCUUUGAUCUCAUCAUGAGCAAUUUGAGGACGCUGCACAUGGAAGAUGGCAGCUUCAGCUGUGCGACCUGCAUGAUGAGGGAUAUCUGCUCGGUUUCUUAUGCAUCCAAGAAAUUGCUUCAGGUGGCCCGGAGAGCUUUGUACGGUAACAUUGAGUUGGUCGGUAGCGACUCGCAAGCCAUGAAGAAGCGAUACAAGAUCAAUUUUGGAUCACGAAUGGUUCUGCUGCGGCGCACAUUGAGGGCGAAUCCAGAGAUCGCUGCAAUGGUGCGCACUCUGAAGGCCCCUAUGCAGCCGCUGGGUAUGCCCAUUGAUCAGUAUGCCAACCUGGCAGCCUCCAUCAUCAUGGCUUGUCCCAAUUUUGAGCGCCUCAUUGGCCCCCAUCAGUCUUAUGAUCACAACUUUAACCGGCUCUUCCAUGCAUUGUCGACACGGGAAAAGCUCAAGGAGAUGACCUGGGUUAUCGAACCCUCUGCUUCCCAGCAACAACAUCGCCGACCCAUGGCAGACACCGACCCGGAAGAUUUACUUCCUCAACAAAGUACCGCUUUCCUCGAAAUCAACAUGCACUGGAAGAAUCUCACAACCCUUUCCAUCCACUGCCUUCCUGGCGCUGCAUUGACGCCGGUCUCAUUGGUCGCCACUGCCCUAUCCACCAUGCCGUCCCUGCAGACACUACAUCUCUCAAACCUAUCACAAACAUCAUUUGACGAUACCGACUUACUCGCAUUGCCCAAACUACAAGUGCUUUCGCUGUCAAGCAUGGCAGGAAUCACCAGCACAGGACUGUCUACUUUUGCUAGCCGACCUUCUUGCCAGACCUUGAAGUCCAUCCGAUUGGAGCACAUGGAGGUAAAUUCACUCGCUGUUUUGGCUCGAAUCUUUAUCGGCCUCACCUCGCUCGAAUCUUUCACUUUUGUACAAAACUCGACGCCUCUGCUUCCCGAGGGAGAAGAGAUCUGGCUGUUUCCUUACAUGGUAUCCCAGUCACUGAAGAAGCUGCACUGGGAUAUCACUGGCAUCCAGGGCUGUGCGAACUUUGCAGACUCGAUCUUGGCCAAGAGCAUUGCCGCAAAUGGAUUCCCCAAGCUCUGCUGGCUGCGCACCCCCAAUGAUCCCGAAGGCAUAUUUCAGAAACUCUGCAAGCCGGUAGAAAAGCUUGAGAAACCGAGCGACAAGUACCGCACAAGAGGUCUGGUUGCUACCAUUGAGGCACGCCCAGCAACACCAAAGACGCCGACCACGCCAGGCAAAUCGCCAGGAGGUAAAUCUCCGUACACGCCGGCAUACUUUUCCUUCUUCAUGGACAAGAAGUACAGCGACCUGCACGCAGCACGCCUGGCAGCACAAAAGAGGCUGGAAGAGGCACGAAAGAUUCCGCGCUUUGAAGUCAACGUCAUUGACGAAGACGGCACCAUUAACGAAAACUGGAUGAUGGCCGGUUUCAUGGGUGAGGUGCCAUCAAAAAUUGAUUACUACCUGUUACCCGACACCGGUGCAUCGGACGACAAUGGUGGACUGGUUCUACUCUCCGACAUUGUUGACGAUCGACGAGAGGAUCUCACCCAGGAUAAGGACGGGUGUACCGGCCGCUGGAACAAUUACGGCUACAUCAACUACGAUAAAAAGGGGCAAAACCAGGAGAAGUGGUGGCAUACCGAACGUGUCCGGUGGACCGAGGUCCGCCUAUCCUGA